UUAUCUAUUUCCCUUCCAACAAAGAUUGAUACGGAGUUACACUAAAGGGGAAAUAAUAAGCGAGUAAAUAAUGGCAAGAAAGUGUAACAUGGCUUUAAUUAUGGCCGCCGUGGUAGCGGUGGCAGCAACCUUGUUGUAUCCCCUCACAGCGGCACCCACGCCUUCCCCGGCGGCUUCCGGUGGAGCGCCCCAAACCUAUACGGUUGGUGAUGGUUCAGGUUGGAUUAUCCCUCCUACUGGUGGAGACUCUUAUUACCAAACUUGAGCUACAAACAAGACUUUCAAAGUCGGCGACUCUUUAGUUUUCAACUUCACAAUGGGCCGUCACAAUGUGGCGGAGGUGAGCAGGACAUCUUUUAACUCAUGCAGCACAACCGCCGCCGCCAAUACGACGGGACCCGUCACGAUCCGUAUCAGAACCACCGGCGAGCAUUACUACAUUUGCACAGUGGGUCCCCACUGUCUCCUAGGACAGAAGCUGGCCAUCAACGUCUCCGGCGGCACAGCCUCCCCUGUCUCCCGACCUGCCACUCCACCUUCGGCGGCAUCUGCACCGCCACCGCCUUCUGUUGCCGUGCCACCUGUGUCGGGCCCCUCAAAAGGACAACUUCCGGCGACUCAGCCUAACACUGCCGCGACUUCAGCGGCUCUUACAAGCUUGCCGGUCACGUUGUUCUGGGUUGCCUUAUUAGCUCUUUUGCAUUAGAUGCAAUUCAAAUUGACAAUUCAUUUACGUUCGUUCAAUAAUUCGGAGUAGUAUGUAAUUUUAUUUUCACAAUUACCUGUCUCUGAGUUAUCACUAUUUCGUGAUUUUGUCCCAUUAAUAAAGAUUUUUUCCCCAC